ACCCCUAUAUCUCCUCUCCCAUCACACCAGCACUGGCACCAACCAACCAAACCCCUUUCUCUCCCUCUAGCUCCCAAAUCACAGCAGCAACAACAGAUCCGAUACAUACUAGGUUCCGUUGCAUCAGACAUCAGUCACCCCAAACCAUCAAAUCACCAGAUCAUAGACACACACACGCCCACCACCCGUCAAAUCACGCCCAAGACGGAGGAAGGGGGAAAAGCAAACGAGAGAGAGCAAUCAGCUAGCAGCUAGGUAGCCAGCAAUCUCUUGCCGCCUUUGCCACUCGCGUCCAUCCAUCCUAUCCCAUUUGCUGCCGCGUCAAAUCGACUGGUCCCAAGAAUCCCAAGCACCAGCGGGAUCGAUCAACCGGGCAUGUCGUCCUCGUCCUCCUCCGGGGCCUCCGCGGCCUUCACGCCAGUAUCGCAGCAGCAGCAGAUGGCGCCGGAGAACCUCAGCUCGGAACUUCAGCCCCCGGCGCCGAUGCAGCCGGAGGCGCCUUCCGAGCAGCUAUGCUACGUGCACUGCCACUUCUGCGACACUGUCCUCGUCGUGAGCGUGCCGAGCAGCAGCCUCUUCAAGACGGUGACGGUGCGGUGCGGCCACUGCAGCAGCCUGCUCACCGUCGACAUGAGGGGCCUCCUCUUCCCGACCACGACACCCACUACGGCCGCUGAGUCAGCCGCCUCUGCUGUCACCACCACGACGUCCCCACCGCCGGCCGCUGCUGCUCACCACGGCCAGUUCCACUACCCCAGCUCGCUCAUCCUCGCACCCAGCAAUCCUCCCCGCCACUCCCUCCUGGAUGAGAUAUCCAGCGCCAACCCGAGCCUGCAGUUACUGGAGCAGCACGGCCUCGGCGGCCUGAUCGCGGCUGCGGGCAGCAGGAACGCCGCGGCACCUGCGCAGCUGCCACCACCCCCAGUGGCCUCGGGGAAAGGGGGGAAGGAGCCAUCACCGCGGACCAAUCCCGUCGUCAACAGACCUCCGGAGAAGAGGCAGCGUGUGCCGUCGGCGUACAACCGCUUCAUCAAGGACGAAAUCCAACGCAUCAAGGCUGGCAAUCCCGACAUCUCGCACAGGGAGGCCUUCAGCGCGGCUGCCAAGAACUGGGCUCACUUUCCGCAUAUCCACUUUGGCCUCAUGCCGGAUCACCAGGGGCUCAGGAAGACCAACCUCAUACCUCAGGAUCAUCAGAGAAAGGAUGGCCAUGGGCUUCUAAAGGAGGGGCUUUACGCCGCCAACAUGGGAGUUGCUCCGUACUGAUAUGAAGCUAGCAUAUCCAUGCCAUUGCCAUUCUUCCUUGACUUGCUCCUAUCGAUCGACUAUUAUCAGGCUAUCUAUUAGCUAGGGCUUUCUACCAUGUUAAACAUUAUAAUUACUACUACCUCAGUGAGUGACUUCGUAUGACCAGUUAGCUAUAAUUAAGUGAUCAGUAUCGAUCUAGUAGCACACGUUGUUGCCUGCUGUUUUGCUCGAUGUAAUAUCUAUGUUGUUAAUUAUUUCUAGUUAAUCA